ACGUCCUCUCCUCUCCCUCUGCUGUCCACGCGAUUUUCUGGGAGCUGUAGUUUUUUAUUUUAAAGAUAACUUCCAAAACUUAACAAGGAAUACUUUUUGGUAUGCUUUGAACAUCGCUUUUUAAAACCACAUUUACUAGCAUCAUGGUACGUGGGCAUCUGUACAUUGAAUAAUGGUCUCCAUAUUGACAGGAAUAAUAGCCUAGAAACACAAACCCGGAAGUUAGUUUACCUAUUUGUCAGUCAAGACAUAGGACGAGCUGCACAGUUUACAUGACAGAAAACUAAUGUCACCUUUUCUCAUCAAUAGAUGAGACUUGCUCUCCACUCGUUCCCUCUGUCGAAGACUUUCUAUUCUACUCUAGUGAGAAACCAAGCCAGAGGCCUGUGUGGGGCAGCCAUGCGACUGGUGCAGUUUCAUCGCCACUGCGAUGAAGGUGCGAUAAGAGUGGGAGUCGAACAGGCUGAGGGACUCGGUGUGGUUGACCUCAAGACCUUUGACCCUUCUAUGCCUACUACGAUGAGAGGGCUUCUGGAGCUUGGUGAAAAGGGAAUAGAGUGUGCCCAGAGAGCCUUAUCAUCUGGUCAAUGCGUGUUGAAUAGGUCAGACAUCAAGCUGCUUUCUCCCAUUCUUGCCCCAGAGAAGGUGGUUUGUGUGGGCAUGAACUACCGGGAUCAUUGCCUGGAACAAAACGCACCCAUCCCUAGUGAGCCUAUCAUCUUCAACAAGUUUCCCAAUGUGAUUACGGGCCCAUAUGAUGACAUCAUCCUGCCUUCCGAGAGCCAGGAGGUGGACUGGGAAGUGGAGUUGGCCUUUGUGAUUGGACGCAGUGGAAAACACAUCAAGGAGGAAGAUGCUCUGUCAUAUGUAGCAGGGUUCACUGUGGCCAAUGAUGUCAGUGCACGGGAUUGGCAGAUGAAACGCAACGGAAAGCAGUGGUUGCUUGGGAAAACAUUUGACACCUUCUGUCCUCUUGGCCCUGCCUUAGUAACUACCGAUGCAGUGAAGGAUCCACACAACCUCGGCAUUCGCUGUCUUGUCAACGGAGACGAAGUCCAGAGCAGUAACACUGACCAGAUGAUCUUCAAGACAGAACAAAUAAUAGCAUGGGUCUCUCAGUUUGUGACUUUAACUCCAGGAGACGUGUUUCUGACGGGAACGCCACCAGGCGUUGGAGUUUUCAGAAAACCAGCUGUUUAUCUCAAGAGAGGAGAUGUGGUGGAGUGUCAGAUAGACCAGAUAGGGUCUAUAGUCAACAAGGUGGUCUAACGACGAGAUGUCAACCACAAGAAGGUCCCUACAACUGUCCUCGAUACCUCAAGUUUCUUGACAAUGCAAACCCAAACAGACAUAUCAUGUUUCAGUUGAUUAGAUGGAAGUUGUCUCUAGAUAUAGAACAUUUGCACAACAUAUUAUUAGCUAGUGAUGACCUAAUGGGAGCUUAUCAAAUUUGUGUUGUUUUAUGACAUGUUUAAAUGUAUUUUGUAACCAAUUACUGCACAUUCAAACUUUUCUUUUCACAUAAGGCACCUGAAUCAUAAUUUGACUCCAUUUAUCUUUCAACUAUCAUUGGUGUUGUAUUCAUCUGAAGGGGCAUCAUGGAUGGAUGCUUUAUGACAAUUCAGUCAUAGUUUUUGUGACCGAACAAGAAUUAAUCUUUUUGAAGGAUACAAUUAUAUGACUCACCAUGGGAGUGAAAACGUGUUCCUUUUGUCACCCUUUUCCACUUCCAGCCUACACCUCUUGAAUAGCUAUUUACCAGAGCCACCCAGCCAAAUAAUACGGACCCGUUGACUAUAUUUCAUCAAGUUCGGGAUGGUCAUCAUGUUAUUAGAUGCAAUGUGAAGGGAUGACAAAUCCAUCCACAUUGCAAAAAAAAUGAUUAAUACUUGCAAAUUCACGUUAUGCUUUUUCGUUUUGGAUCAUACAUUCAAUUGAGUAAAGUUAAUAAAUUGGGUAUGGGUAUAAAAUACAUUGUAAUGUAUAAUAUUUUAUUCUAUGAUUUAUUAAAAGGGAAGCAAAAGUGUUCCAAACCA